AUGUCGACAGAAGAUAUGGGAGACAUGAAGCCCGUUUGUGGCAGUGGCAAGGAAGCCGGAGAGUACGAUCUGCCUCUCCACACAAUCGGUCUCUUUCUUGUCUUAGCGGCGUCGAUUUUUGGAGCUGGGUUUCCCGUGGCCGCGAAGAAGAUUAGCUGGCUUAAGGUCCCGCAGAAUGUGUUCUUUGCUUGCAAGCACUUUGGAACAGGUGUCCUAAUAGCAACUGCCUUCGUUCAUCUUCUUCCCACAGCCUGGUUCAGUCUUUCAGACCCAUGUCUACCAGACCUCUUCACCAAGGAUUACCCCCCACUACCCGGUGUCAUCAUGAUGUUUUCUCUCUUUUGUCUGUUCGUCGUUGAGAUGUGGAUGAACAACAAGAUGGGUGGUCACUCUCAUGGCGGUGCCACCGGCUUUGAGGCUCACGCGCCACCGCCGGCUGCCCCUCAGCGCCCCCAGCGAUUCCCGGGUCGAAACAGCUUCGAAGCUGACGACAUUUCUUACGAAAAGAAGAUGGCUCAGCAGCAGUACGAUCAGUCACAAUACCCCGAUCCCGCUGUCAGCGAGCUCGACCUCCCUCAAUCCGAAAUGCCUCCAUGGUUCAUCGUCUUCUAUGAGCAAUAUGUUCGCCAGCGUCUCGAGCUUGUCAAUAUGAUCAGGGCCAACGGCGGUGCUGUCAGUCCUAGCAGCAUGCAGGUCGAAGCUCCCAAACAAGAUACUGUCAUUUCUGAGACGAGCAUGUUUGACGAGGAGGGUCAACCCGUCGACCCCCUAGUCUACAAGAGAAUGUCAAUGAACAUCACACUGCUAGAAGGUGGUAUCCUAUUCCACUCCGUUUUCGUCGGAAUGACUGUCUCCAUCACCAUCGAAGGUUUCGUCGUCCUUCUAAUUGCCAUCCUGUUCCACCAAAUGUUUGAAGGUCUUGGUCUUGGCUCUCGUAUCGCAGCUGUACCAUACCCUAAGGGCAGCAUUCGACCUUGGCUAUUAGUGUUUGCCUUCGGAACCACCGCUCCCAUCGGACAGGCCAUCGGCUUGAUUGCACGCAACAGCUAUGAUCCCAACAGCGCCUUCGGUCUGAUCAUUGUCGGUAUCUUCAACUCGAUCUCUUCUGGUCUUUUGAUCUACGCUGCCUUGGUCGACCUUCUCGCUGAAGACUUCCUUUCCGAGGAAUCACAACAUGUUCUCACCAUGAAGCAAAAGAAGAUUGCUUUCUGCUACGUUCUUCUCGGAGCUGCUGGCAUGUCCAUCGUCGGCGCCUUCGCUUAA